AAAUAACGUGGGCACUGUGAGGUGCUGGAAGUGGCAGGGAGCGACCAGAACGAGCUCAUCGCCAGCACGCCAAGACGAGUGCAGCGCUUGAAAAAUAAUCAGCCCAUCGCCCCGUGUAUGACGACAAGACAGAAGCAGCCAUGUCUUCAGCAGUGGACCUUAAGACCAAGGAGGAGAAGGACGCAGAGUUAGACCGAAGGAUCGAAGCGCUGAGGAAGAAGAACGAAGCUCUGGUCAAGCGCUAUCAGGAAAUAGAAGAAGACAAGAAGAGGGCAGAGCAGGAGGGUAUCGCCAUCACCACGCCACGGAAGCCCCGCGCCCACGAGCCGGCACCUUCGGACCGCAGGAGGACAGAGAAAGACAACUUCACGGUCACGGUCGACCUGUCCACGUCGCCGGCGGCGGGGGAUAAGCGGGCGAUGGACGACCGGAAGCCCACCGCGCCCCGCGGCCGCAGAGCGUCGGAGGAGGGCGACGGCCCCCGAGGGCCCAGCGACGGUCGCGGCCCCCCGAGGAGGACGGGCCUCGCCUGGGCGACGAGGGGGGGGACCCCCAGAGGGGGGGGCCAGGAUAGGAGAGCGCGGGAAGCGCGCACGCCCAGAGAUGGAGAGCAGAGUGAAGCGGGAGGAUGGAGAGGAGGAAGGAGGGGAAGGGGGGGGACAGGACUAGCAGCGGGAGGAGGAGGAAGUGGUGGACCAUGCGGAGGAGGAGGAGGAGACGCAGGAGGGACACCGGCUGGCGUGGACAGGAAGUCCAAGGAAUGGGAGGAGAAGAGGCGACAGAACAUUGAGAAGAUGAACGAGGAAAUGGAGAGAAUAGCAGAGUACGAGAGAGGACAGCGGGCGGAUGGCGACAAGCCCCUCCGCAACUUCCUGGACGACCCGCGUCGCUCGGGCCCGGCCCCCGACGUGGACCGCAAGGAGGGCAGCCGGAGACACGUGCGCAACUGGGGCGGCCUGGACUUCGACAACAUCAAGACUGGCGGCGAUCUCGAGAGAGAGUGGACCAGUCGGCGUCCCGGCCCCAAAGGCUCGAUGGACAUGACCAUGUCCAUGACGGGCCGCGAGCGGGCCGAGUACCUGCGCUGGAAGAAGGAGCGCGAGCAGAUCGACGAGGAGCGACUGGCGCGCCAUCGCAACGCCACCGGGCAGUGGAAGCGGGAGUGGGACGCGCAGAAGACGGACAACAUGUUCAAGGAGGAAGCGAAUGCGGCGGCAGUGGGCAGCACGCCGGAGCAAGGUGGCAGGAGAGCAGAUGAUGGCAAGCGACCCCCCAAAGUGCCCACAUUCGGCGACUUCCUGUCGCAGGGCAGGUCUCAGGGGCCCCGAGGGGAGCGGAGUCGAGGGAAGAGCCGAGGAGGGAAGCCAAGCUACAGUAUGCACGACAACCGCUGGGAAGGCGAGAAGGAAGACGUGGAGAAGGAGAAAAAAGACAAACCCAAGCGAGAGAAGAAGUCCGCACCUGAGCCGGCACAAAAGGCGGAGCCGGCCGAAGAAGACGACGACCAGUGGGAAGACGCCAGCGAGGGCGAGGAGGAAGUGUCCGACGAAGACGAGAAGAAAGACGCCGGGAAAGAGGAAACCGGCAAAGACCGAGGCUCCCCCGCGUCGCCUGCGCCUCGCUCCCCGCCGUCGUCUGCCAGAAGCCCCCGGGAGCGGCGUACCCCGAGACCCGAUGUCCGCAUGCCCUCGCCCCGGGCGGCCUCGCAGAGUCUCCCGGAGGCGGGGAAGCCCAUCAGCCCCUUUCAGCUGCUGGACGGACACCGGCCCGUGUCGGACUGGGGGGAGGAGAUGGAGAUGCUGUCGCCGCGGAGCAACGUGGGAGGGGAGAGCCCCCUCAAACCCCCCGGUGCUGAGAGCAGCCCCCCACAAAAGAAGGAGCAGGAGGAGACCGCUGAACCCACUGAGGAGGACGCAGUGGCCCCUGGCACCACAGCGCUUCAAUCACCUCCAGAAAACACACAAGUCCAGCAGGUUGUUGUCCCGGCAUCGGAACCCCAAUUUGUUCCCGCGGACGGGCCAGACGCGCGGCCCUGUUUACUCGCGCCGUCCCACGUGUCCGACGGCACCGCCCCGGAGGCCGCUGAACGUGAACAGGGUGCCCCCGAGACCCCCUCGCAAGACGAAGCGGACCGUUCGCUACCCGCCGUCCUGGUGAGCGAACCCGCCGAAGCGGAAAGCCGAAGCGAAACAGGAGGGGAGAUGAACGGCAAAGCUGACAGCGACGACCACAAAGGCGAGGUGGAAACCGACGCCAUUGCCACAUCGGAGCCGUCCCCCGGGCAGCCCACCUCAGACUGAAGACGACGACAUCGCUGGUGUGAUGUCACAUGUUUCCCUCCCCCCAAAAAUGGAGGUGGGAGGGGCCUCAUAGCCAAACUUCUGGAAAUGGAGCUGCUGGAAUCAGCUGAAGCCACGCCCAUGAGCUCAACCAAUCACAAGGCUGCAGAGGCCAAUUGGUCUGCAGUUUUUCUUUGCCGUAAUCCUGUCAGUAGGCUUCAAUUGCUUGAAGACACUUUUAUACCACUUUCUAUCGCUGUCAAGGAAAUAUUAUGACCAACUGCCCAACGUAUGACCGCUAUGUCGUCAUUCGUAUAUUAAAAACGUAAGACUGUUU